GUGAUCAGCAAACAGAAGUGCAAGCAGGAAGAUCUCACUUUGCCAUCAGGCGGUGAACUAUCUACUUGUAAAGGUAGGCCACCAAAUUCCGUGCGGUCAUCAGACGACGAGUUGGUGGAGACUG